CUAAUAAGAGACGAGAUGGGCCAGGGCGACGAGAGCGACCGCAUUGUGAUCAACGUGGGAGGGACUAGGCACCAGACUUACCGCAGCACCCUGCGCACCCUGCCCGGCACUCGGCUAGCCUGGAUCGCCGAGCCCGAUGCCCACAGCCACUUCGACUAUGACCCCCGCACGGACGAGUUUUUCUUUGACCGGCACCCGGGCGUCUUCGCCCAUAUCCUGAAUUACUACCGCACUGGCAAGCUGCACUGCCCCGCGGACGUGUGCGGGCCCCUGUAUGAGGAGGAGCUGGCCUUCUGGGGCAUCGAUGAGACCGAUGUGGAGCCCUGCUGUUGGAUGACCUAUCGGCAGCACCGUGACGCCGAAGAGGCGCUGGACAGCUUUGGUGGGGCGCCCCUGGAUAGCAGUGCCGAGGACGGAGACAUAGAUGGCACCGGAGACUCUGGUGAUGGUGAAGAGGAGCUGGAAAUGACAAAACGCCUAGCACUUAGUGAUUCCCCAGAUGGCAGGUCUGGGGGCUUCUGGAAACGGUGGCAGCCCCGCAUCUGGGCACUCUUUGAGGAUCCCUACUCCUCCAGAUAUGCAAGGUAUGUGGCAUUUGCCUCCCUAUUCUUCAUUCUGGUCUCUAUCACCACCUUCUGCCUCGAGACCCAUGAGAGAUUUAACCCCAUCGUGAACAAGACAGAAACUGAGUUCAUCGGGAAUGACACCCAGGUGCGGCACUACAGGGAAGCAGAGACUGAAGCCUUUCUCACCUACAUUGAAGGUGUCUGUGUGGUCUGGUUUACAUUUGAGUUCUUGAUGAGAGUCACUUUCUGCCCAAACAAGGUGGAAUUUAUCAAAAACUCUUUGAACAUCAUUGACUUUGUGGCCAUACUGCCUUUCUAUCUAGAGGUUGGACUCAGUGGCCUGUCUUCCAAAGCUGCUAAGGAUGUCCUGGGCUUCCUCCGCGUAGUCCGUUUCGUGCGAAUCCUGCGAAUUUUCAAGCUGACCCGCCACUUUGUGGGGCUGCGGGUCCUGGGACACACCCUCCGCGCCAGCACAAACGAAUUCUUGCUGCUCAUCAUAUUUUUGGCAUUGGGCGUCUUAAUCUUUGCCACGAUGAUCUAUUAUGCCGAGAGAAUAGGUGCUAAACCAAAUGACCCUAGUGCCAGUGAACACACACACUUUAAAAAUAUCCCCAUCGGCUUUUGGUGGGCUGUUGUCACCAUGACGACCCUGGGCUACGGAGACAUGUAUCCUCAGACUUGGUCAGGCAUGCUGGUGGGGGCCCUCUGUGCUCUCGCUGGUGUGCUGACCAUUGCCAUGCCUGUCCCUGUCAUUGUGAACAAUUUCGGAAUGUAUUACUCCUUAGCUAUGGCUAAGCAGAAGCUACCAAAGAAAAAAAAGAAGCAUAUCCCGAGGCCACCCCAGCUGGGAUCCCCCAAUUAUUGUAAAUCUGUCGUAAACUCUCCACACCACAGUACUCAGAGCGACACUUGCCCACUGGCCCAAGAAGAAAUUUUAGAAAUUAACAGAGCAGAUUCGAAACUGAAUGGUGAGGUGGCCAAGGCGGCGCUGGCAAACGAAGACUGUCCCCACAUAGACCAGGCUAUUACGCCUGAUGAGGGCCUGCCCUUUACCCGCUCUGGCACUCGGGAGAGAUAUGGACCCUGCUUCCUCUUAUCAACCGGGGAAUAUCCCUGCCCGCCUGAUGGAGGAAUAAGAAAGGGUUACGAAAUGUCACGGAGCCUUAACAGCAUAGCUGGCAUAAGUGGAAAAGCGAUAGGAUUAUCCUCAGUGUCUGCGCCCUACAGCUCUCCUAGUCCAGUGAGACGUUCUUGGUCUCCCAUCCCAUCUAUAUUGUAG